UCACGGACUGAUGCCUCCACCCCAGCAUCGCAGCACCAGAUGAAAAGGAAGGGGCUCUGCCCUGUGCCACCUGUGAAGCUAGGGUCACCUGGCAGGGCGCGGCUCAGACCUCCUGAACUGGAGCCCAUCAAGGUGGCCCCAGGGCUGCUCCCAGCAGGCCAGCUCGCAGUGACCCUCGGGAGGGCUCCAGCCCGCACGCAGCCUCCCAGGUUCGUCUUCUCCCCGCCCAGCCCCGCCCCGCGAAGCGACCCGCCCGCCCGCGGAGAGCUAGCGCGGCCGCCGAGAGAGGACAGACUGGCGGACACACCGACCGGAGGACUGGCCAGAGCUAGAACGGACGCAGUUGCCGGGAGCAGGUCCCGGCCCCCUCCCAGCCCUGGGGCUUGGUGGAGGAAUCCCUGCAUCCGGAGAAGGGGGACGAGGGAGCUUCUCCCAUCCUGCCGACCAGGCUGAGGCCUCCUCCUGGGCAGGAUCCUGAAGCUCUCCAUACCAAGCUGGAGCCCCGCCUUGGUAGACCCAAACACUGCAGUCGGGAGCAACGGCCUUGCUGGUGACAUCAGUGUGUGGACCCAGGACCCCACGGGAAGCUGGUCACAGAGCCCCAGGAAGACAAUCCUUUCUUGGGCUGCUGCCAAGGGUCCUGCCCUGUUUUCCCCACCUUGCCUUCCCAUCAGGGUGAGGAGAUGCCACACCCCCAGACUACUUUCUAGGCGUGGGCCAGGCAUCGGGCCCCAGACUCAGGCCACAUCGAGUUCUGCCCUCCCGGCUGCUGGCCACCACCAAGGACACCAUGAGCCAGUCAGGAGCCAUGAGCUGCUGCCCGGGAGCUGCCAAUGGCAGCCUGGGCCGGUCCGACGGUGUGGCCAAGAUGAGCGCAAAGGAUCUGUUUGAGCAGAGGAAGAAGUACUCCAACUCCAACGUCAUCAUGCACGAGACCUCCCAGUACCACGUCCAGCACCUGGCCACAUUCAUCAUGGACAAAAGUGAGGCCAUCACGUCUGUGGACGACGCCAUCCGGAAGCUGGUGCAGCUCAGUGCCAAGGAGAAGGUCUGGGCGCAGGAGGUGCUGCUGCAGGUGGACGGCAAGGCCCUGCGGCUGCUGGACGUCGAGACCCGGGAGGAGCUGGAGAACUUCCCGCUGCCCACCGUGCAGCACAGCCGGACGGUGCUGAACCAGCUCCGCUACCCCUCGGUGCUGCUGCUGGUGUGCCAGGACCCGGAGCAGAGCCGGCCCGACGUGCACUUCUUCCACUGUGACGAGGUGGAGGCCGAGCUGGUGCAGGAAGACAUCGAGAGCGCGCUGGCCGACUGCCGGCUGGGAAAGAAGCUGCGGCCGCAGACCCUGAAGGGCCACCAGGAGAAGAUCCGGCAGCGGCAGUCCAUCCUACCCCCUCCCCAGAGCCCAGCUCCCAUCCCCUUUCAGCACCAAGCUGGGGACGCCCCUCAGGCCAAGAACCGCGUGGGCCUGCCCGCACCUGUCAUUGAGCCAGGCUACCGCCGCCGAGAAUCUCUGGACGAGGAGCCUCGGGCGGUGCUGGCUCAGAGGAUAGAGAAGGAGACGCAAGUCCUCAACUGCGCCCUGGACGACAUCGAGUGGUUCGUGGCUCGGCUGCAGAAGGCGGCCGAGGCUUUCAAGCAGCUGAACCAGCGGAAGAAAGGGAAGAGAAAGGGCAAGAGGGGGCCAGCGGAGGGUGUCCUCACGCUGCGGGCCCGGCCCCCCUCCGAGGGCGAGUUUGUCGACUGUUUCCAGAAAACCAAGCUGGCCGUCAACCUGCUGGCCAAGCUGCAGAAGCACAUCCAGAACCCCAGUGCCGCUGAGCUGGUGCACUUCCUCUUUGGACCUCUGGACCUGAUCGUCAACACCUGUGGAGGCCCAGACCUCGCGCGCUCUGUCUCCAGCCCACUGCUCUCCCGAGAGGCUGUGGCCUUCCUGCGCGGCCACCUGGUCCCCAAGGAAAUGUCACUGUGGGAGUCCCUGGGGGAGACCUGGACACGGCCCCGCUCCGAGUGGCCACGGGAGCCACAGGUGCCCCCCUACGUGCCCAAGUUCCACAGUGGCUGGGAGCCACCUCUGGAUGUGCUGCAGGAGGCUCCCUGGGAGGUGGAGGGACCGGCGUCUGCCCCAGAUGACCAGCCCGCCCCUGCGAGCCGACUAUCCAUAAGAAACUCCCCGAAACACGGCCUGUCCGAGUCCACGCCCCAGGGAGAUGUCCUCCCGCCACUCGGCUCCCCACACUCGCACAGGGGCCACCAGCCAACACCAGCCAUGACCAAGUAUGUGAAGAUUCUCUACGACUUCACAGCCCGCAAUGCCAAUGAGCUGUCAGUGCUCAAGGAUGAGGUCCUAGAGGUGCUGGAGGAUGGCCGGCAGUGGUGGAGGCUUCACAACCGGAGUGGCCAGGCUGGCUAUGUGCCCUGCAACAUCCUGGACGAGGCUCGGCCAGAGGAUGCUGGUGCCCCCCUGGAGCAGGUCGGCCAGAAAUACUGGGGUCCCGCCAGCCCGAUGCACAAAUUGCCCCCUAUCUUCGCAGGGAACAAAGAUGAACUGAUCCACCAAAUGGAUGAAGUGAACGACGAGCUCAUGAAGAAAAUCAGCCACAUCAAGGUGCAGCCGCAGCGGCACUUCCGCGUGGAGCGCAGCCAGCCGGUGCACCUGCCGCUCACCUUCGAGUCCGGGCCCGAAGAGGUCCGAGCCUGGCUGGAAGCCAAGGCCUUCAGCGGCCGGAUCGUGGAGAACCUGGGUAUCCUGACUGGGCCGCAGCUCUUCUCACUCAACAAGGACGAGCUGAAGCGGGUGUGCGGCGAGGAGGGCAUCCGUGUGUACAGCCAACUCACAGUGCAAAAGGCGAUGCUGGAGAAGCAGCAGAGUGGGUCGGAGCUGGAGGAACUCAUGAACAAGUUCCAUUCCAAGAACCAGAGGAGGGCGGAGGACUGCUAGGCCUGGCGGGACUCGCCUUCCUGCUGCUCCCAGUGCAUGACUAUUGUAUACCCGGACUCAGGUGGGCUGGGGGUGCUCACCCGCCUCUAGACAGCUGGCCUGUCCUCAGGCUGAGCCAUGACCAUGGAUGGCCUCUCAGCUGCAACCCACACUCUCCCACCCAAACCAAGGUCGACCUCAGCCAAGCCUGCCACCUGGCAGUGCCAGCCCUCAUCCGCCAGCCCUAGGCCACAGGACUCCCCAGGUGGGCAUAUGUGGGCUCCUGGCCUCUGGAGUUAGAUGCUCACCACCUGCUGCUUGCUUCUAUGUGCACCUGCCCCCAGCUGUCACUACACUCCAUGUGGGCCAGACUUUCAGGCUGGCCAGGCUGGUGACCUGGAUUCCAGGUUUGUCCCCUUCAGGAUGCUACACCCCAAAGAUGGCCUGCAGGGGCUCUAAGACAGGAAGCCUCGCAAGGUCCGAGGAUGGCUGGCUGCAGAUAUCCACUCCCACCCAGCACAGCCCAGGACAGGAGCUUUCCCUGGCCACAUCUCAGGCCAGCUGAGCCUUGCAUGCUGGUGACUGGUGGUCUUGGAGCCCUGGACAGAGCAUCACACCCAGAAAUCGGGGCGGGAGCUUCGAGGCCACAUCAUUAAACCAGUUUCUCCUGGAAGCCACCUGGAACCUCCUGAAGCUGCGCCUCUUCAUGAGCUGUUAGGCAGAGGGCUGGCCAUGACCAGGCAGGGUGAACAUGCCAAGGAAGGCCCCUCACCUUUAUACCCCUUCAGGAGGGCCCCAGGGGGACAUUUCUGAGAGGUGAGGGGCCCAGGAAACUGUCCCCCUCAACACUUGCCCACCCUGCUCACAGCAGUGUCCCAGGCCAGAUGUCCAGAAGGCCUAAAGCCCAUCACCCAUGCUGGCCUUGGUGGGGCACAUGCCAGGUGGGAGUGUCGCCAGGUUUGCUACACACUGCCCAGGAGGGGUGUGUCACAGGCAAGGCUAAAACUGGAUUUGGAAAACUUCCACCCAAGCUGAGAGAGGCAUCAAAAGAGAGCAUCGGGGCUGGGCUGGGGCUCAGUGAUGGAGCACUUGCCCAGCAUGGGGGAGGUUCUGGGUUCCAUCCUCAGCACCACUACAAACUAAAUAAAAUAAAGUUCUUAUAA